CCAGCGUUGAGAGCUGUGUGUUUGCCUCCAUCAAAAUCAAAAAUCAAAAUACCAAAAAUACCAAAGAUCCGCUCCCGAUCACCACACAACAUACAUGAUACACGCAAUUGAGGAUGUAUUGGUUGAUUGUUUGCCUGUGCCUGAAGAUAUUGCUCUGUGAUCCAGUUUUGGUGCCAGUAUCGGCAUUAAAGCCUCCCACAAAUUCCAUCUUGAUUGGCAGUAGAUUGAACUUGAGCUUUUCCGACCCGAACGAUGAUAUUAGUGAUGACGGUGUCGUGUACAUGAUCAAUCGACAAGGGAACAAAGAAGUUCUGGACGAAAAAAAGAUUCUUUCGUAUCUUCAGUCGAGAUCGGAUGGACUCGAUCACAGAUUCCUUGAUCUACCUGCAUUGGCCGAAACCAUUCGAAAGGGAACAUAUCCCAAUGUCAAGUACUCUGAUGUCGCCACCUUAUCCGCCGAAACUGCCGCUAGUUUGUCUACUCAACAUCCCGAUUAUGCAAGACUAGCUGCCAGCAUCUUGAUUGAUCAAAACCACAAAGUUGCGCCACCCACAUUUUCACAAGCCGUAGAAGUCUUGUACGAUAAUGGAAAUGGAUUUAUUCAUCAAGAUCUGGCGGGAUUGGUAAGACGACGAAAAGAGGAAAUCAAUGCCAGAGUCAAACCAGAACGCGACAGGGAGUUGUUGACCUAUUUCGGAUUCAAGACUUUGGAAAAGUCGUAUUUGCUAAGAAACAAAACUGAUGAAAUGCCCGUUGAAACACCGCAGUACCUAUUCAUGAGAGUCGCUUUGGGAAUACACUGCUGUUCCGUCAACAAUACAACGGAUAAUAACUUGUCAGAAGACCAACGGAUCCAGGCUGCAUUUGAAACAUACGACUUGCUCAGCCAAGGUUUCAUCAGUCAUGCUUCACCCACUCUAUUCCACUCUGGAACCACUCAUCCACAAUUGUGCUCUUGCUUUCUUGUACAAAUGGCCGAUGACUCGAUCCAUGGAAUCUAUGAUACUCUCAAAACAUGCGCCGUCAUUUCAAAGGCUGCCGGUGGAAUUGGCCUGUCCGUCCACAACAUUCGGGCCAGAGGAACUGAAAUCAAAGGAACACGAGGCACAUCCAAUGGACUCGUGCCAAUGCUGCGGGUGUACGAUGUCACGGCCCGAUAUGUGGAUCAGGGAGGCGGGAAGCGACCAGGAGCAAUUGCAAUCUACUUGGAACCGUGGCAUGCCGAUGUUUUUGACGUACUCAAUCUGAAACGUAAUCAUGGAAAAGAAGAACAAAGAGCGCGGGAUCUCUUCUAUGCUUUGUGGAUUCCCGAUCUGUUUAUGAAACGAGUCGAAGAGGAUGGGGUAUGGAGUCUCAUGUGUCCACACUUGUGCAAGGGAUUGGCAGAAGUUUAUGGAGAUGCAUUUGAAGACUUGUAUCAGAAGUACGAGGCGGAAGGACGCUAUGUCAGGCAAAUUCGUGCCAGAGAUUUGUGGAGUGCCAUCUUGGAAGCACAGAUCGAGACUGGUACACCCUAUAUGCUGUACAAAGACGCAGCAAACCGAAAAAGCAACCAGAACAACUUGGGCACCAUUACCAGCUCCAAUCUAUGCACUGAAAUCAUUCAAUACACAGACAAGGAGGAAGUGGCUGUUUGCAAUUUGGCAAGUCUUUGUCUAUCUAGGUUUGUCGUGUCAAACCGAGGACCAUUUGGGUCGAUAGAUCCAAGCUCGGGAAACGCUUACUUUGACCACGAGGCAUUGCACCGAGCCACAAAGAUAGUAACACGCAAUUUGAACAAAAUCAUUGACAUCAACAGCUACCCGGUGAAAGGCUCUGAAGUGUCCAAUAAGAAUCACAGACCAAUAGGGAUUGGAGUGUCAGGUUUGGCAGAUGCUUUCAUUCGAUUGGGUUUGCCCUUUACGUCCAAUGAAGCAAGGCAGCUCAACCAGGCAAUAUUCGAAACCAUUUAUCAUGCCGCAUUAGAAACAAGCGCAGAGGAAGCAGAGAAACAUGGACCCUACCAUUCUUUCGCUGGGAGUCCAGCAAGCAAAGGUUUGCUCCAAUUUGACCUGUGGGAUAUGAAAAGUUAUGAUACACCCAGCAACUUGCAUGCCAGGAUCAGAAAGGAAGACGGUGGCGACGUUCAAUCAUCAAAGAACGGGUUUCCACGGCAACUUUACCCAGAGUCGUGCCGUGGGAAGGGAUAUAAUUGGGACGCGUUGAAACAACGAAUCAUCUCGAGGGGUCUUCGAAACUCCUUGUUUGUGGCACCGAUGCCAACGGCCUCGACGUCCCAAAUUCUAGGAGUGAACGAAUGCUUUGAACCUUUUAGCUCCAAUCUAUACAUCAGAAGAGUCAAGGCCGGUGAAUUCAUUAUGGCCAACCCCCAUCUAUUGCAGGACUUGACUGACCGGGGCUUGUGGACGCCCGCAGUACGAAACCAGCUAAUGAGAGACGGCGGAUCUGUCGCAAACAUUCCUUCAAUCUCCCCUCUACUGAAAGAGCUUUACAAAACGGUUUGGGAAAUCAAGAUGAAGGACAUUAUUGAUAUGGCUGCUGACCGGGGCAAGUUCAUUGACCAAAGCCAAAGCCUCAACUUGUUUCUUGCAGAACCCACCCUUGACAAGUUGACUGCCAUGCACUUUUAUGCGUGGAAGAAAGGGCUGAAGACUGGCAUGUACUACUUGAGAACUAAACCAGCUGUGAAUGCAAUACAAUACACCGUUGACAAGGACCCUGCAUUACGUAGCCAGGGGAGUGCUUUGCCAGAGAUGAAUGACCCAUCAGCCGGGUGCAUAAGUUGCCAGGGUUGAUAAUGAGAAUAAAGAAUGUGGGGAGGACAAAGCCUUUUGACUGAUGAAUCCCCCGCCACCGUACGUUGGAGCGACCACGAACUGCUACUGUAGGUACAAGUCAAAUACUAGCUAUUAAAGAAAGGGACAACAGAAAAGCCCAUGCCGCUCUACAGUACAUUGCACCUCUGCACCUCUGAGGGUUCUGGUACCGCGGUACGGUAUGCUGAAGUAGUGGUAGGCUACCGCACAAGUACCGGUACCUGCACUUUUAUAAAACAAGACACCAUGCUCUUCGGAGUGCUUGCUGAAAAAUUGAAUGCGGUCAAAUUUUAUCCCUACGAAAAAGGCGAAAUCGGACUUGUUAGAAAACCGAACCAACAGCGUAUUACCGAAAUUCAAGUGUAAAACUGUAUAAUUUGUCAACAUUGAACCGAUUCUAAAGUAACGGAACUCAAGAAAGCGAUUUCGGAUCCUCCGGCUGAGCCGCCUUAUUUUGGCCUCUGUGUGCCUGAUGACCCUCAACUCUGAAUGA